AUGAAUUAUGUCUCCUGCAAGGGGUCAGAGAAAACACUGAAGAUCUGUGGACAUAAAGGAUGGGGUAAACAUAACUGUAAUCAUUUUCUUGAUGCCUCAGUCAUCUGCUCAGGUCACAGAGAUGUGCGACUGGUACAGGGUACACACCUGUGUUCGGGGAGAGUGGAGAUUCAGCAUGGAACUACCUGGGGUUCAGUGUGUGACGCUGACUUUGACCUGCAGGAUGCCGAAGUUGUGUGUCGGCAGCUGGGCUGCGGGAUCCCUGCGAAGGUGCUGGGAGGGUCUGCCUUUGGGAAGGGGGGAUACCAAAUGUGGACAGAGGAGAUUCAGUGUACAGGGAACGAGUCAAAUGUUUACUCCUGUCCGAAAUCAUCCACAAAGAAGCAGAACUGCUCACAUGAUGACAGCGUGGGACUUGUGUGUUCUGGGUACACAAACGGCAGACUGGCGGACGGCCCGGACCGCUGCUCCGGGAGGGUGGAGUUACAGUACCUCACUGAGUGGGGCACAGUGUGUGAUGCAUCCUGGGAUCUGAGAGCAGCCAAUGUCCUCUGUCAGCAGCUGGGUGUGCUGUUUCUUCAUGGAACCGAGCUCCAUGCUCUCAUGAACAUGAUGCGGGAGUCAUCUGUACUGGAUCAUCUCUCUCCAGCCUCGAUGGGAUGGUCAGACUGUCUGGAGAAAGUGGCUGUGAGGGUCAGUUGGAGGUUCACUACCAGCACACCUGGAGCAGAGUUCUCCUGGACUCCUGGAGCAUCAGGGAGGCUUCUGUGGUCUGCAGACAGCUGGGCUGUGGUUCAGCAGUGA